CUUGGCUCUUUCCUCCCUUGCCUCGAGUCCCUAUUUCCUGUCCACGACGGCAAAAUGCCUUGAUCUCAAUUAUUAUUUCCUUUCUAGCUGUGACACGAUCCUUUCCUACAAUCUAAUUCUCGCGUUGUCGCGGAGUUAGGUAUACAAGAUGGGUGUAGCCGCGACACUCAUGUCGCGAUUCUGCAGGAUCUUACCAGCCGUCACCGUUGUCACGAUAUGUUUUUACUUCCUGAUAAAACUCUCCCUCUUCUCGAACGCAGUUGUACCCGACCCCGGACGAUGGAAGAAUCACGCCUUAGAAAUUGAAGAAGAAGCCGAUGGUUACACCCCGACAUUCGACACGACUGCCGUUCCAACACCUCGUCAAACCUCAGCAGCGCAUAUCGAAGAUCUUGAGAAUAAGGGCGAAAUUGGAGACUUUGCCGAUGAUGUUGAGGUACUACCCUUUGUUAACAUUGAAGAUGAUGGUGAUUGGGAUGAGGAGGAUCUUCAGGAGAUGAAUGGUGGGAAGUAUGAGAAUGAGACCAGCGAUGAUGGGGGCGACUGGUCUAGGUUCGCUUACAUUCAGUAUGUGACGAAUGAGGAUUAUCUGUGCAACUCGGUCAUGAUCUUUGAGGCGUUGCAUCGGUUGGGAAGCAGAGCGGAUAGACUGUUGAUGUAUCCGAAGGAGAUGCUUGACCCAGAGGCUGAAUACUCAAGCUCGCAUGGAGGAAAGCUUCUGAUCAGGGCAAGAGAUGAGUACAAUGUCACUCUUCAGCCCAUUGAGAUCCAACACCGCGAUGGACAAGACGAAACUUGGGCCGAUUCCUUCACCAAACUCCUCGCCUUCAACCAAACCCAAUACGAACGCGUCCUCUCCCUCGACUCAGACAGCACGGUCCUCCAACACAUGGACGAACUCUUCGAACUUCCUCCCUGCCCCGUCGCAAUGCCCCGCGCAUACUGGCUCUACAACGACAACCCACCCAAGAAGAUCCUCUCCUCCCAACUAAUGCUAAUCCAACCCGACGAAGUCGAAUUCGAGCGAAUCGUCCAAAAGAUGAACAGUAUCGGACCAAACGACUACGACAUGGAGAUCGUUAACAGUUUAUAUCUGGACAGCGCUCUUAUUCUGCCUCACAGGAAGUACGAUAUGCUCACGGCGGAGUUUAGAGGCAAAGAUCAUGCAGCGUAUCUUGGUAGUGAGAGGGAACAGUGGGAUCCUAAUGCUGUGCUGAACGAGGCCAAGUUUGUGCACUUUUCGGACUGGCCUGUUCCGAAACCGUGGAUUAAUGAUCCCGAGGUGAGAUUGCAGAACCAGCCGGAUUGUGCUACGAAUGAGACGACCUGUGCGGAGAGGGAGAUAUGGAAUGGGCUUUAUACGGAUUUUAGGGAUAAUAGAGAGAGAGUCUGUGAGUCGUUUGGAACGCAGAAAUGGAUACAUUGGAAGAGAAUGGAGAAGAGGAUUAUGUGACACUUCAUGUGCUUAGGUAUAUCUUGGGAUGUAUAAUGUUGAAGGUGAUUUAUUAGUAGCAAAAAGGAAUAAAAUGAGUAAUAUGAAUGGUAUUGACAGUCGCUUGGACGGGAACUACUGAGCGUUGGCGAGUCCCAAUAGCCUGGGACUAGGGGUAGUACUACAGAUACAUACUGUGAUAUACAUUCGUCGCCUCAGG